AUGGGUUCCGAAAAGUCUUACAAAAAGACACUCGAGAAAGUGCCGUUUAAUCUGCAGCUCGAGCUCAUAGAUCAGGCACUCGAGAACUAUUCUCGAACGCAAGCGGCAUCGUAUACAAAUGGAAAUGGAAAUAAGAAUAUUGGGUACUCUUAUUCCCAUCACAAUAAUACGCAACAGCAACACGCCCAGCACAAGUACACGUUAGCCGCAGUGGCAGCUGCAGCGGCUGUUCAGCACCAGCAGCAGCAAUCUUUCAUCUUUCAGCAACAACAACUGCAACAGCUCCAACAACAUCAACACCAAAACAAGCCCCAUCAUCUCAUCAAUAAUGCUUUAAAUUCACAGCAGCAACCGCUGUUGUAUAGACAGCCACAGCAGCAUCAAAGCGGUGAUUUCCACAGUCGUCUGUACUACAAUUCUGAUCCGGCGAUGAACACUUCUUUUCAUGAUAUUCAGGCGUACCAGAAGCCGUACGAUUUCAGAUCAGGUAUGAUGAGUGUGAAUGACAGCAGCAACUCGGUGACAAAUUCUCCCUUGUCAAUGGACUUGAUGAAAUCAACCUCGUUCACUUCAGGUGAAAAUUCGAUAUCACCAAUCGUGUUGCAGCCACAGAAUUCAGCGAACUCAGUACGAAGCUCUCCGCCUGCGAUGCCCCUCAGCACUAAUUCUCCGGCUCCAACACUGCAGUUCUUAUCGUCUGGUAUGUCUACGCACAACCAAUGGUCGGCGGGUCGGCAGUCGAUCUGGGGACCGAACGGAAACUCAGCUACGAUUUCGAGUUCGCAGCCAGAAAGUUUUGGUAAAAUUUGGUAG